AUGAGCCGCCGCGUCGUGCGCCAGAGCAAGUUCCGGCACGUCUUUGGGCAACCGGUGAAGGCCGACCAGAUGUACGAGGACAUCCGCGUCUCCAAGGUGACGUGUGACAGCUCCUUCUGUGCUGUCAACCCCAAGUUUGUGGCCAUCAUCGUGGAGUCCGGUGGUGGCGGGGCCUUCAUCGUCCUGCCCCUUGCCAAGACAGGACGGGUGGACAAGAACCACCCUCUGGUGACGGGGCACACGGCGCCCGUGCUGGACAUCGACUGGUGUCCCCACAAUGACAACGUCAUCGCCAGCGCCUCGGAGGACACCACCGUCAUGGUGUGGCAGAUCCCCGACUACGUCCCCGUGCGCAACAUCACGGAGCCGGUGGUGACGCUGGAGGGACACUCCAAGCGGGUGGGCAUCAUCUCGUGGCACCCCACCGCCCGCAACAUCCUGCUCAGCGCAGGCUGUGACAACCUGGUGAUCCUCUGGAACGUGGGCACGGGGGAGAUGCUGCUGGUGCUGGAGGACAUGCACACCGACCUCAUCUACAACGUGGGCUGGAACCGCAACGGCAGCCUCCUCGUCACCACCUGCAAGGACAAGAAGGUCCGCAUCAUCGACCCCCGCAAGCAGCAAGUCGUGGCGGAGAAAGCCAAACCGCACGAGUACGCGGGGUCCCUGGCCGAGGCGGUGGAUGUGGAGGGGCUGUUGGGCAGCCGCUCGCUGCGGGAGCUGGAGGAAUCCCUCUUCUGCCGGACCAAGAGCCGCCCCACCACCUGGGAGACCUACUGGGAACGCAACGAGCCCCUGCGCGACGCCGACGAGGCGGCCGUGCCCGUGCUGUGCCUCUGCAGCGCCGACGACCCCGUCCGCGGCCCCCCGGCCCGCAGCCUGCCCCUGGAGCUCUUCCGCAGCAGCCCCUACUUCUUCCUGCUGCUGACCCCCCACGGGGGCCACUGCGGCUUCCCCCGGCGGGGGCCGGGGCGCUGCUGGGGACACGAGGCCGUGCUGGAGUAUUUCAGGGCCAUGGCAGAGUUCCUGCGGGCUGAGGAGCGGAGGAAGGGGCUGCCACGGCCCCGCAGGUGGGGGGGUCCCGCUGUCGAGCCCCCCGUCUUCACCUGGCAGAGGUCCUACACCCGGUAGCCCCCAGGGAAGGGUCCCACAUGCUGGGGUGGGGGGUGUCAGAAAGGCAGGCAGACACUCCGUGUACUAAAAUUACUUUAUUACAGUUGAUUUUUUUUUCUUUUUUAACAUUUCCUUUGCUAUGAUACAAAGGAUACUUACAAACAAAAUAUUACAUAUGACCUUAUUUUUUUUCUCUUCUCUUAUUUUCUGACAACUUGGUAACAGCUUUAAAUGCACAAUCUAUACAAUUAAUACAGGUUAUAUAUGAGCUAUAACGUAUGUUGAACCAGAAGAAUACCAGAAUACUGACAAUAUACUGUACAUUAAGCCUUAUCAGUUAGUGCUCGUGGCAUUUUCUACAAGAAGGAAAACGCACACCUGUAGAUUCACUCAUACCAGCUGGUGCUACCAGACAUGGAAGCAGGAAGGAGUUUAAUUCCCCUGGUUAAAUCCUUCGUGGCCCAUCACCGUGGUGCUGGGCCUGGAAACCUCAGACCAGUGUUCAUAGUAAAACAGCAGAUAUGUGUGUGUUUUUUCUAACUAACGCUCCGCAGCACAAAACCCUGCGGCCGGGCGCCUUCCCCCCCCGCACCGCGGCAGCCGGGCUUUGCCGGGUCUGGAUGAUGCCCCAGAGCAGGCGGCCACGGCGCUGGGCGAGCUCUUGUUGGGGAGCUGGACCUCCUUACGGAGGGGGAGAGGAGGAAGAGGAGGAGGAGGAGGAGGAGGAGGAGAGGAAAAGCAGCAACAGCUUUGCUGUCAUCAGUAGGCAGCUCUCGAGUUUGUGCACAUGAACAGGCGGGCGCCGAGGGGGGAAGAGCAAGCCCAAGGCACGCGGCUCCCCCCCUGGCACGGCUCAGCCGAACCGCGGGGCUUGUGCCCCGCAAAACCUCCGCUGGGGCUGGAGCUGCCCAGCGGUUACCUGCUCGCCAGGAAAGGUUUGCUUUUUGUUUCGCAGCCAAGGCUAGAGUUGUGUGGCUACAGGUGUGCACUUCCCCUCCUCCCGCCAUGGUCUAUGUUGGACUGAUAAGGUUACAUUUUUGUUUAU